UUUCAAGACAUGCGUUACAAUCACAAGUCUGGUGGUGUCCAAUUACUGUUCUAAAGGCAAACCAUUAGUAGUAGUUCUUUAUUCCUACAACUAAUAAAGAUAUUAAAAACAUGACUGGCGAAUCCGACUUUGAACGACUAUGGUUUGAUCUUAAAGGUCAUUUGGCCAAGAAACCAUCAGAACAUUGUCCUGCAGCUACGCAGGAUGAAUACUUCAUUAAAACUCAAAGUAAAUUCAUACAGCUGAUAACCGGCUAUCCGGUUCAUGCGGUUGAACACAAGCUAGAAUUGGAAAUGUGGAAUGUUCUGUAUAAAACACGGAUUGACACUUUACAGUCAAAGUUAUCUCAAUCAUUUUCUGUUAUGGAUAAUGGUGGACUACUCAAAUGUUCACCUUUAGAACUUAAACUUCGUCUAGUCUUACUAUUCGAUCGUGCUUCAGGAGUUUAUUUCAAUCUUAUUUAUCAAUUACUUCAACCAUUGUCAGAAUCAGCAUGGCCUAAAUUGAUGCUUAUAAAUGCCAAAGAUCAGUUUAGUGUAAUCAAUAGAAAUAAAGUGAAACAUGUAUGCGACUACAUUGAUUUGGAUCUGGCAGCUUUUUGUGCUAAUAAAACCUUCAGUAAACGCAGUAAAUACUCCGAUGGUAUUAAACAAUGUUCAACAAGUACAACUGAGGACAAUACAAAUACUAUCACUCCACGUAUACUUUCUCGAGGUGAUCGUCUUCCUACAGAUAUUAUUAUGCCAGCCACUUCAAAACUCGAAGACGACAAAAAAAUGAUGAAUGAUUCAAAUGUACAGAAAACAUCUCACAAACUAAUAGAAGGUGUGGAAGGUGACAAUAAGAUCGAUGGUGAUGAUAAUCUACAACUUGACUCUCUACAUCAUUUGGAUAAUGAAACAGCUGUCAUCUAUUUAGUGCAUCACUGUUUAAUUCAUUUGGGAGAUAUUGCUCGAUAUCGUCAACAACGAAAUGUUGCUGCUGGUUAUUACCUUUGGGCAUGGGCUGUACAUCCUGAUUCUGGUCAUUCAUUUAAUCAACUGGCUAUUUUGGAGGCGACAAAACCUUUAUCCAAACGAUAUAUAGAUGCAUUAUUUUAUUAUUAUAUUCGUGGAAUUUCAUGUGAACAUGCUUUUCCAGCAGCAAUGAAUAAUCUAACUAGUAUACUAUCAACUUGUUUACAAUCAUCAUCCAGCAGUCAACUGAAUACUACGAAAAAAACAUCUAAAGAGUCGAUGAAAUUUGAAAAAUUAAAUAAAAAAUCAUGGCCAAUAUAUGAUAAUUUACAAAUUCAAGUAUUUAUAGAAUUUUAUGCUGAGCUUCAACUAAAGAAAGAUUUAUGUACAAUAAUUCAAAGGGCAAAUAAUCUUUUUGAAAUUAUGCAAACAUGGAAUAGCAUAGAAAUGAACAGAAGUCAGCUGAUACAUAUAUUGACUAUUCACUUUUAUCUGGCUCAUGAGUACUUGUCAAAGUUUAAAAUGAAUCUAACCUCAUCGUGUAUUAAAACGAAGACAUUAACGACACAGAAUUUAAUCCAUCAAGCUUCGGCUAUUCUCUUGUCUCUUACAAUUCAUUUAAUCAAUUGGAUUAGUUCAACUACUGAAGUGACUUCAGAAACUGCGUCAUCUUCAUCAUCAGGUGAUGUUGCAAUAUAUAAUAAUAAUAAUGAUGAUAAUGAUAGUGAUAACGAAAUCAAUAAUCCAGUUGAUAUAAACAAUGAAAGUAUCACUGGUGUGUUGUCUUCUUCACCUUCCACUACUCCACCUUCUGAGCUUCCAAUUACUCAUCAUCAUCAUACUGAUGAUCAACAGUCAAAUAUUCAAUUAUAUUAUAAAGAGGAGUCAGUGAUUGCAUUGAAUUUAUUAUUUCUAUGGUUACGAUCAACAAUUGCUAGUAGUGCUAAUGCCGGAAUGGAAUCAUCCUUUACACUAACUGAUUCAAUCUUUCAAUGGAUAACACCUGCAUUCAAUAAAAAGACAAUCGAUUAUUUAAAUCAUUUACUUCAUGAGGAUUAUGCUUUUUCUAUAAAUUGGUCUCGUUUGAUGAAAAUUCCAGAAAUUGUUAUUCUACAAGGAUUUAAACCUCUUCAUGUGCCAACACAACAUCACCUAUGCUGUUCAUCAACGAAUUACACUCCUGUACAUUCAUUUCCUUUUGAUAAUAAUUUUUGUAAUAAAAGCCUACAAGAGUUAUCGACUGCUAACGCGGAGGAAAUUUUGUCCAAUCCACGCAUCAGACAAAAUAAUGUGUUGUAUGACAGUAAAACAGAACGUGUACUGUGUUUGUUAACAUCUGUUAGAUGUAUAGCUCAUUACUUUCCAUCUUUAAUCAAUUGGAUUCCACAUUCAAAAGAUGAACCUCACAGCUCUACAGAAGUUUCAUAUUUCCAUGGUUUAUUCGAUUGUAACAACCGUAAUACUCCUAAUCUAAUGGAUAUUUUUGAAAUACAUCAAGCUGAAGACGCCACGAGUGACAAUAAUGACGGCAGUAUUAAUAGUACUAAGGACAGCUUCAAUAAUAAACUUGACGUCGUAGCAUCACCUCAUAAACACCCUGAAGAUCAUCUUAACAUUCAGGAAUCUGAUUCGAAAUCCAUCACCGCUUCUGACAAUGAUGCUGCUGUAUGCAUUGAAACUAAUCUUGGAAAAUCGGAUGCAGAAUCUAAUGAGAAGAAUGAUGUGGAAGGCGAUGUUGCUGUUCCCCAGGCUGAUCAUCCUUCUGAAUCUAUUCCCUGUGAUACUACAACAACAACAACUACUACUACUACUGCUACUACUACGACUACUGAAUCAUCAACAGUUCCUGUAGACCAACAAGAACCAGUGGAAAUUACUACAUCCGAGGAAAAAACUGAAAAACCCAGCUUACCAUCAGCAUCAUCACCAUCAUCUACAGAAAUGUCAGUUUCAAAGGAUACUCCUGUAGCAGUGUCACAACCAUCAUCUUUUCCUUCUUCACUGUUUCCACAUAUUGGCUCAUCUGCUGGACUAAUUAUGAAUGCUGAAUUGGCUAAAUUUAUUCAAGAGCAAGCCAUUCAGAUGGCAGCUAGAGAACAAAAAUUGAAUCUGUGCAACAGUUUAUUGAUAAACAAUAAUGGUGAUAAUAAUAAUAAUAAUAACGAACUAAUCAACUCUACUCAUAAUCCAUAUUUAAAAACUGCCUUAUUGGCUACUAAAGCAUUGAUCAAUAAUACAAAUAAUAAUACUACUACUGCUACUACUACUACUACUAAUUUAUCCAAACUAAGCUUAAGUGAUUCCUUUAAACGAGAACUACCGCCAAGAUUUGCUAAACUUUUACAAGAGAGAAAGGAAGCUAUUGAAAAACAGAAAAAUCAAACACAACAACAGCUAAAAUCACUACUAACGUCAAUUGAUCAACCUGCUCCUUUGGCACGCAAAGAAUCAGAAGCACUCACAGAUUUAUUUUCUUUAUUAUCUUCAUCCGAUGUGCGACCUCCUGUACAUCCUGGAUUGGAAUUAUCACCACAACACUUACUGCAUCCAUCAAAUCCAAUGGACCCAAGUAUUCAUAAUCCCUCGCUAGACUAUCCGUCUUCCAUGGCUCAACCGAUGCUAAUGCCUCCUAAUGUUAUAAGACCUGCUGGCAUACCGUAUUCCUCUACUCCAGACUUCUUCUAUGGACGACCGCCUGUUAUUACCGGCAGUGCUCCAGGAUUGGCUAAUCUCCCACCACCACCAAUAACACCUAUGAAUAUGGAACCGUAUUUCCCGUCAGACUACUACUCCUCCUCAAUCCCGCCUACUCAACACCACCACCACCCAUCAUUGAUGACUAUGCAUCCGUCUGCAUAUCAUCAUCAUAGUAAUCCUACAGAUUCUCUAAUGAUGAAUUGGCCUACUACAGAUGUAUAUAUGCCUUCUGAAACAGAAUUCAAUCAUCAGCAUCCUCAAUUUUACCAUCCAUGUGUUACAUCACAGCAUUUAUCAUCUUACCCUGUAAAUAGUAACAUUUACCCCGCUUCAAAUCAUCAAGUUACCAAUACUACUACUACUACUACUAGUAUCAGUAAUAUGCCUUAUCAGCCGUUAGAAUUCAAUGAUGAUUAUACCUCUCCAAUUGAUCUUCCAAUUGGGACUUUUGACAAUCAGAUGAGUAGUUAUUCAUCAAAUCCCAUUGAUGCCGCCGACAACAUCAACAACAACAACAGCGGCGACGGCGGCAGUAAUAAUCAGUUGCCUUCAGAUGAACAACUGUAUCAUAUACCACCAGAUGAAGAUGCCUCUGUACAUUUUUAA